GUAACGGGUAGAACUGACGACGGCUUUUGCUGCGGAAUUUCUACAUGUAACGGGAUUUUUUUCCCUUUUUUCUUUUUUUCUUUAGUUUUUUUCGUUUUCGGAGUAGUGUAGAACAGCAGAGUAUUAUACUUCCGAUUUCGUCUUCUUUCAUUUGAUAUAUCGAACAGUGACCUACUAUUUUUAUUCUAGAAGAAUUCUAUUUGGUGGAUUUUGAAGCAAUGUAAGACAGUGACUCUUUCUGUGAAAGUUGUGUAAUUGUAUGGAAUUGUUCUGAUUUUUGUGCUGAAGAAGAAUAUCUCUAUUAUAACAUCAUUUUUUCUAAAACUGAUCUUACUAACAUUUUACUGAAAACUUUUCCCCCUAGACGUAUCUUUUUUUUUUAAUGAAAUGACAUUUUGACCACAAAAUGAACAUCUGUUGUUUUCAGUCACAACUGAAAAAUUUUUUAUCUUCAAUUUGAAAAUAAUUUCAUCGAGGAAAAAAAGUGUAUCAUUUUCUUAUUACUAGUUAGUUUCAUUUUCUAAGAACUACAUACCUCAAAAUAGCUGCGCUAGAUUGUGCAUCUGACAGGAAUGACUGCAUGAAAAUUUUGCAUCACUUUUAUUCAAGACGGAGGAUUAUUGUUAACUGAUAAAUACUGUUUUGUGUGUGAUUAACUGUUAAGAACAGUUAUCUUUUACGAAUAUAUUGAUAUUAUUUGGACAUUCAGCGACUGAACUUGCGACAUUCCAGUGUGGGUGCCUCCCCUCCGCAAAGUCGAGGCUAUUUAUCCGUGGAUGAAAAGGUCUUCUCCAGCUGUCGAUCCACCACCGACAUGUGCCUUAAAUUCGCCAGCAGACUUUGGAAUGCUGGGAAAUAGCCCGGGAAAAGAUGAGCGCAGCUACCCCUUCCCGCAUGCUAACAGAACCGCGUCUGGCAGAACUCCACAACACGCUCGGCAGAAGAGAGAGCCGCAGUGCAUGAACCAGUCUUGGUCCAAUACAGUCUACGAUAACAGCAACACUUCUUGGGAGAGUGAAUGGUCAGCCCCCUCGGGCACACCUCCAAUCAAAACGGAGCCCGUUUUCUAUAAGAACAGGAACGCAGGGCCUUAUCAGAGCGAGUGGUCGCCCAGUGACUCUUCUGCAAGUAAUUCGGUGGCCUCGAGUUAUGGAAUGAUGCAUACCCCACAGCAGUCUCCAUCUAACUCUCUAAGUGCCUCGUCCUCCUCCUUCUACGAGAACAACGGCUUCUACAAUAGCGGAUAUGGCAACUACGGGCAAAGUGCGUACGUCCAGCCACCGUACGGUCAGCACCAACAGUACCAGCCAAUGCGGGUGACCGACGGCACGUACGGCAACAGAAAUCCGUCCAGUGGCCCCCCGACCCCUGUAAAACAGCCUGUCCCGGAUUACCAUCGAAGACAGAUGCGGUACGGCUUGGACGGGAUGCCCAAAGUGCAGAUAAAACGAGAACCUGAGGAAUACGGCGAAAUGGACGGGGAAAACUUCACUUCUCUCUUCACCAAGAGUCUCACCUCACUCUAUUCUCAAGACACAGAGAGUGCUUUCUCGGACGAGAGCAAACCCUACGAUGCCGAUGCCAUAGCCUGUGCCACUCCCACCCCUGUGCCAGUGGUGGAGGAGCCGACUGGCUUCCAGAGACUCCAUCCCUCCAGUGGGGGUCAGUAUACGGCCAAUAUGACAGGCGACUAUCCCGAUACACGUAAUAAUUUCGGAUUUUACGAGAACAGAAAUCAAAACUGCGAUCCUCCUUCAACUGUCGUUCAGGAUAUUGGAUCCGAUGGAAAUCAUAUGAAUUCAUUCAGAUAUGACAGACCCUCGUUUGAUGACAUGCAUCUUUAUGCCUCAUCUUCAGGUGAAUCUAAGGCUCAGGCUAAGAAACGUAAGAUUAGCAUGCCAAAUAUACCUCCUGAAGGUGGCUUUGCAGAUAACCGUAAGAAAACUCCUCGCUUAAUGUCUUUCAAAAGCGAUUCUAAAUGGACCCCCAACUCAUUUGCGUUCAGUGAAAUUCAGAUAAAACAAGAGCCUGUCGAUGACUUUAAUACCGGUGAGUUGAACGGUUCAAACUCCAAUCUAACCUCCGGUAAAGGUAGUUCCUCGGGCAGCAUGGGCAAUGGCAACGGUGGUAAUAGUAAAUCACCAUCUCAACAAUCUGACCAUCCCAAACCACCACCACGGAAGAGGAGCCCCGGUGCUACCUGCUUUGACAGAUUCGACAAGAAAUCGACGCCCACCAACAAGAAAGUUUCGCCCUUAUCUGUCUAUGCCAAAGUGCAAGAAAACAUUGUCCUGAACGUGAAAUGCAGGCGGUACAAGAAAAGAACCAAACCCAUCACUAACAAAGAAGAGUCUGCUUGUCCUGGGAGAGAAGAAAUGGAAAGUUACAAGCGAUCCAGUCUGACGCCAGACCAAGCUGCCCAUCAAGUUAUGCGCGAGCUUGUGGAGAGGGUUUGUCUUUUCAACGAAAGGAGCGUCAUAGAUGGUCCAGACUUAACGCAGAUGGAUACCAUGAAGGUCAAAGAACUUCUCAUGCAGUUCUGCCACAGGUACUCUCUGGAUUACAGGGAUUUCGAAGAUGUCAGUAGCGUCUUAAAGCCACGCAUUAUAAAAGAUAAAACUGCAAAAAACUCCGAACGGGCUUCCGCCAUCCGAAAAAGGACCAGCACCUCUCCGGUUCAGCCUAGCCAAGAAGAAGAAUCUGAAUCGGCGAGUCGAACCCCGAAAAGCGAGAAGGGUCCUAAGAAGAUUAGCCACGAGGAUUCCACACCAGCUGCGCGACGAGUUCUUCGAAAAUUGCCAGGGAGAGUGGACCGCAGCAGACCACGACGCAGGGCCGAAAACAAAGCACCUGUUGUCACCCGGCGGUAUUCCACCCGGAGCGCCAGAGAUGUGGAAGAAGUGAGGGGUAGCGAUGUGGACAUCGUUAUCGAUUCCUCGACGGAUCGUGAAAGUGAGGCCGGCAAGGAAGCGGAAGUCCGGAAAAAAUCUCAAAGACUUAAGAACAAACAACCGGUUGUGGAAGUGCCGGCCCGGGAUAGAAGUUCCGAGAAAGCGAGAAAGAAUCUUAAAAUGAAGAAGGAAGAACCACGAACAAGAUCGGGAGAGAAGAAAGCGGAGAAGUCAGCUGAGGAUUCUUCCUCUAAAACUGUUCCUAAGAAAAAGUGGACCCGUCUUCAUAUGAAUUGCAGUGAUAAUUUGAGAUCAUCAUCUGUGGAGAUUGUGGAUAUUACGAAAAGUGAUUCACCAAGUUCUUCAGAUUCCAAUGAUCCUUUCAAGAAAGAACCCUUUUCUCCUCCCACCAUUGCUGAAAAAGUCAAAUCUAGAAACAAGCGAUCAGUGGACGUCAAGAGGAACACCUCGCAGAGAAUUAUUGAGAAAAGACUUUCCUCAUCGACUGCAAACAAGAAAAAUUCUGUUGAAACCAAAAACAAUAAAGGGACCACAUUGAGUGAUGACACUAAUCGGUCAUCAUCAAAGGGCAGAGAUGACUCCUCAAGAGGCAGAAAGGGAACUCCUAAAAAAUUACAGAUUACUUCAGAAGCAAAGUCUUUGAAAAAAACGGUAACAAAAAAGGAAACCGAAGAUUCACUCUCGGAAUCCGACGAUUCUUCUGAAAAGCUUCAAAAUAAAAAGCGUCGAGAUUCGAAUUCACGGGAGAAUUCUGGCAACAAAUCGAAACUUUUGAAAGCGGAUUCUAAAAGCUCGGAAUCAGAGAAAUCCCAAACAGAGCGUGACAGGUCUCCAAAAUUGAAAGAAAGGGCCAAAAGAGCAUUUUCGAGCGUAUCUGCUGCGGAAUCCAGUUCCACUCCAAAAAUAUCGAAUGAAAAUAUCAAGAAACCAACAGGGGAUAAUAUUCUGUCAGAAUCAGACAGUUGCAAUUCUCCAAAACCGACUAAAGAAAAGAAACCAGUCUCUGUGAAAUCUGAACUAUCAGAUUCCAAGAAAUCAGAUAUCACCAAAGAUGAUUCUCUCAAUCAAAUGUUGACCAAAAAUUCCAGUAAAGAUACUUCUGGCAAUGUUGAAAAAUCAACAGACUCCAUCGCAGCAUGUUUACUUAAGAAGAUUAAAAAGGAGCCAAAAGCAGAAGAAGCUAAUGCCACUUCAAAGCAAGAUGAUUUGCCUUCUAAACAAGCUCCUCCUGCUGCCACCAAACCGCAGAAGAUUCAUCAAGAAACCAAACCUGCGAGAGUGGUACGCAAUUUGCCCAUCAAAAAGAUUCCUCGACGACGUAGCUCCCAACAUUCUGAAUCUGAGCUUCAGGUAGUGCUGACUAAACUGCCCGAAUCUCAAGUCAGCUUAAACAAUGGACCUGUACCAGUUGAAGUUGUUCGAAUGUGUGAAAGUAGAGAACAGCAAGCAAGGGCUGCUCAGAUUACCGUAACAGGAACCAAAUCCCCAACAACUCAGAAGAAUUCUCAUGUGGGAAAACCUCCAGAAUUGAUGAGAUUGAAAGAAAAUAGUGCGGCUGUGAGUCAACCAAAUAGCUCGAACAGAGAUCCCUUUCAAAACAAAAAUGAAUCUUCUACUCCACGCUGUAGCACUCCCGCGAAUGUAGCAAAAGAGUCGCCUCCUCUUGACAGCAUCAUUAGCAAACCUCAAACAAACGAUCGUUACUCUGAAUCCGAGGAUUCUGAUUGUGGAUUGGUCAUCGAUCUUGACAGAAAAUCUGUCGAGGAACGAGUUCCCUCUCCUACAUUUCAAAAUUCUGAGAAAAGUAACGAUGCAUUCAAACCAGAAGGACCAUCAGCAGAAAGUCUUUUGAAAGAGCCUUCCUUGUCUGCAGAAGCAGCACUAGAGGCCAGCAAAAAAGCGACUGAAGAUGCAUGCCUUCUCUUGCACUUAAGCAGGAGUGCAGUUCCUCCAAUACCAGAUAGUAUCAAAAUGAUCCCACCAAUUAUCAGUAGCUUGCCAGCCUUGGCCAUAGAUACUGUCGAAAAUCCAUUGCCAGAAGUCAAAGAACAGAAUAAUAAUAAAGAAGCAAAGGAGACUGACAGAGACGAAUCUAUCCUGAGAACCUUAUUGCUGGAAACUGGAGAUGUACCAUCUACAUCCUCGCAUGAAAUUGCAUCACAGUCCCAGGCAGGCCCAUCUGUAAUUUCCAGCGAUUCCAAAGCAACAUUCAAUGAAGAUGUUAUGAAAUAUCUCAUGUACCAAGAAAAUUUCGAUGACGUUGAUCCUAACAAUCCUAUUUUUGAAUUUGAUGAUAAGAAAAUACCUUUAGAGGAAUUAGAAAAAAACAUAAAUGAAAGUCUCCUUUCUGAAGCUGAGGAGUGGGGUAAUGACCCGACAUUAACUGUGAAAGAAAAAGUAAAGAGACUGAAACAUGAAGUUGCUUGUCUCCAUUUCUUGGCAGAACAAAAAGAUAAAGAGCGCCUUGCCAUUUUGUGUUUUAAGAGAUAUAAAGAAGAAAUACUGAAAAGACUCAAGAUAGUGGAUCAUAUUCGAGAUUGGGUCAAUGUGAAGAACAAGCCCCCACCUGAAGAAAGAAAGCCUAGAAAACCCCAUCAGCCUGUGGCUACAACAUCCACUGCUCAUAAUGCGAUUUCUGCUGAAGCUGAGAUUCAUCCAAGAUUGUCACCUAAUCAUCAAGUCAUCCAGUUAGCAUAUCAUGCAACUGUUAAAACAGAUGUGCCAGCGGCAACUGUUACCAGUGGUGAAAGCCUGACAUCUCAUUGUGGUGAGAAACUACCAACUGUAGCAACAAUGAUAGCUAAUGCAACUGAUAAUUAUGGUGUGGAUAUGAGAACAGUUUCUCGAAACAGCAGUACAACUAAAACUAUAGUUAAAGAAGUAGUGUCAUCCAGAGAGUCCAUCUAUAGUCCUGCCGCUUGUGGAUCUCCCAUGACACAAGAACAACGAAUUGGAGAAUCUGUUCAAAUCUUUCAAAAGACCAUGUCAACUACGAGGGAAUCUACCUUCAGUCCUUCACAUUCAAGAUCUCCUUCACUGCCUGAGUUGUCACCAGGUGCCAAGUCCACACAUCACAUCACAAAACGUGUGUUUAGUUGCAGCUCCAGUUCUAGUCAGUCUCCGCCAUCCCUACAGCCUGAACUCAGGCCAACUGUUGGGAGUUCUCUCACUUCAGCAUCAUCCAGUUUUCAACCACAUUAUCCUCUGUCACUGGUGGUCACUGCUGCUGAUACCAAAACAGAAUCGUCCAAAACUAUGCAGAUUUCUUCAUCAUCUGGUAAGUCACAUACAGAAGCGCCAAAGAACAGUCCUAGAUCUAGUCCAAAGCGUGCUUCCAGUAGCUCUUAUUCAGUGUGGAGCAGAGUGCAUACUGGAAGAAGCUCCUCAGCUGCCAUUGACCUCCAUACAGACCGAAUUCAGGAGACCUCAACAAAGCGAACCACAACAGCAAGCCAUUCAUUGAUGGUGGCUCCACCACCAACCACUAUCCUUCAGUCAACUUUGAAACAUCCCAUUCAUCAACGUCCUCGAUCAGAGGCUUCACUUGAGAAACCCUUGAAAAACACUGAGGAAAAAAUAUUCCACCCUAAAACUGAGGAGGAACCAAGACCCUUAUGUUAUUCAACAAUUGCAACAUGCUGUAAUUCCAUGCUAUAUGGGGGUCACAACGGUGGUUCCUCAACUCCGAGGUGCAUGGGUUGUGGAAUCUCGGAUGCUAAGUUUCUGUGCUCUGGCUGCCGCCAACACUGGUAUUGCGGUGCUAAAUGCCAGACCAUAAGAUGGCCAGAACAUUCCAGAGUCUGUUUUGGACGACAGUACAAUUCAUGUCCAAGUCCCAGCUAUCCAUAACUGAGCUGGAACAAGAAUUUACUGAAUCAUUGUCUUUUUUUUUUUUUUAAAUCUUCUAAACAUGGGAUGACUGAAGAAGGUUCCCCCUCCGAUUCUGUUUUAGUAGUGAAUUCUAGUGGUGACCACCAGCACAAAUAAAUAUGUUGUCUGUGUCGUAGUUUACCUAAAUUAAAUCUCUUAUGUUUCAGCUUUGAACUUAAACACUAAGUCAUAUGGUAGUCUUGAAUUAAAUUAGAAAAACAGUGUUGUUAUGUUUCUGCAGUUUAUUUCCAAUAUUAUAGGCAUCAACACUACACUUGAAAGAACUAGACUUUCUUAUAUUUGUUUCGUAACUAAGCCUAUAAUGAAAUGUCACCCCAUAUUUAGCAAUUUAUUUGGCAAAUGAACUAUGUCCAAAUAUUUAUUGAUGUGUGCUGGAUGGUAAAUCACACACAACAAGACUGUGAAUACAAGAUGGAAAACUAUUUAAAAAGAGUGUUUUGGAAUUAUUUAGAACAGAGAAGUGAUGUUUAAUGUGCAUCAAUAUCCCUACUUGAAUACACAAACACAUGAAUAUUUUUGGUUUUGGAAUUGAAAGUGCAUUCUCGGAUUCUACUUUUAAAAUGUUUUUUAUUGUGCCAUCCCAAUGUGUGAACUUUUAUGUUGCCAUUAGCAGUUAUCAAAGAAGGAAGGUAUUAAGUGCAAUAUAGAAAUUGUUCUAAAUUUUAUGCUAGUAGUUGUUUUGAUUUUGUAUAUAAGAUGUAAACUCUAAAUAUUGCUGGGGAAGAAAAGAAAAGAAACAAACUGUAUGUACUUUUAGCAAAAGAAUCUUAGUCUGUUUUUAUUCUUGAUUGGUAUGUACAAGUCUUUCAAUUUUAAAGCAUCUUUUAAAUUAGAAUUGCAUUUUAUAUAUUAUUAUAACAAAAAUAUUGUGAAUCUCUACAUAUUCAAAUUAACUCAAUAUACUUAUGUUAUAUUUUAUUAUUCCUGCUGUAGCUUAACAUUUUCUAUAGGAAAUGCAGAAACAAAUUUCUAAAAAAAAUUAUACAUUACAUCAAUUCAUAUGAUCAUAGUCUCCAUUUUCAUUUUACCAUUAAACAUUAUGAAUUAAAAGUAACAAAAACUUAAUGCAUCUAUUCAUUGGUUUCAUUACCCAAAUUUAUUUUUUUUAUUUAUGCAUUCCUGUAUAUCAUAAUGAUAAUUUAUAAUCAUUUUAGCAUUUUUUUUUAGUUCCAUACAAAUCAUGCUUGCUGAGAGUAUUAAAAGAAAGAAAAAAAAAUCGAGCUUUUUUUUUUUAUUGAUACACUAAUAAUGUGGUCCAAAGAAUGAAAUUUUGCGCUCUUUAAAGUGAUGAAAAAGCAUAGAAUCAAUACCCUUUUUUUAGCUCAUUAUUGUGUAUAUAUAUAUUACCUAAUAGCCAUGAUUAUUGUUUGACGCACUGUGUGUUCCACUGUUUUUGGCACUUGUGAGCUUUGUUACAUAAACAAACUCUCCUUUCUUUUGAGGCGAGUUGGUUUUCGCUACUUCAUCCUCACUCUUUUAGAAUCAAUAAAGUAGAAUUUGAUGUUUUAAAAUAUUUGUUGGUGGUAAGUUUUAUGAAAAUUUGUUGCAUUAUUAAUGUCUUGUAGAAUGUUUUCGAAGAUAUCAAUGAUAAUAAAAUGUUACAUAACUAUUAUAAACAUGGAAAUGAAGCAUGUACAAAUAAUUCUUAAAAAUAUACUUGUAUGUGUUUGGCAUCGUUUAUGUUUGUAGAUAUUUAGAUUAAAGUGAAUGAAGGAUCACUGUAUAUUUUCAUCCUUCAGGAUAAGAAAUACUAAUCAAGAUAUGUUGGAACUUGUAUCAUAACUAUUCUGAAGUUUAAGUUCUGACAAUAUUACGUGACAUUUGAUGAACAGCACUAAAUAAAAUGUUCAUUAGUUUAUAAAUUAACUUAAAAUUUCAUUUAUUCAAGUCAUUGUCAUUCUUAAAUAGACAAUUAAAAAAUUAUGUUGGAACUAAAUAUUUUUUAACAAAAUUGUUCUUAUUUUAUUUUUAGUUUAAGAAAUUGUUUUAAAUUUUAUAUCUAAUUUUAGUAUAUUAAAAAAUUAAUAGAUUAUAUACUAUCUAUGCAUGUUAAAUAUUUAAAUUAUUGCCAUAAAAAGUUUUAUCAGAAAAAGGCAUGAAAGGAAAAGAAAACAACAUCUGUAAUAGAAGCUGUUGUAAUAAUUUGUAUUUAAAAACUAAUAAAAUGAUCAUUAAGUAGAAUAUAUGGUAAUUAAUUUAAAAGUCCCUAAAUAAUUCUGAACAUUUGGGCACAUUUAUCACAUAUUUGAGUUACUCCAUUAUAAAUGAGUACUUAUAAGAGUGAGGUAAAGUAGGAGCAUGAAAUUUUUUUCUACCUUUAUAGGAAAUGAAUGAAACCCAAACAAUAUCUUGAUUAAUAUUUGAUUUGUUCUCUCGUAGCUCAUGAUAUACUUGUUUAGAUUUGUGUCAUUAUUAUAUUGGGGAAAAAUGAAGAUAUGCUUUUGUGUGCCCUUUACAGAUGUUAUCCUUCAUGUAUAAGCUGUAUUUGUUUCAUAUGUAUAUUUGUGUUUGCUUCUUGUGCAAUAUAUUGGCAUCAUAAAUGUAAAGAAAAUAAAAGUCUACUGUUAUUCAC